AUGCCCAAGAGACGUAAGGCGGGAGAAGAAGUCGAGGACGUUGAUCCGACCACGAGGAAGACAAGGCGACAACUCAAGGAGGAGGAAGUUGUUUCAAGCCCAUCGCAAACAGCCGAGACACCCUCGAAGCGGAAGUCUAUUCUGAAGGAGACACCAAGCAAGGCCAAUGGCUUGAGAUCUGUCGAGGCGACGCCGAGCUCCCUCAGAAAGGUCCUGUUCUCGACGCCUGCAAGGCCGCGGGAGGAAGAUGACGAAGACGAAGGGACGCCUCGCGCGACUCGCAAUGACCGCUCAGCUCGUAGGAAGAGCCAACGGACGUUGCAAAGGCAGAUAGCUGGGGAUGAGGACAGCGAUGAAGAACAAGAUGCGCGCGAGGAGGCCAUUGCCCAGGCGAUUCUGGACGCGGAAGACGAGGGCGGCGAAGACGGUGCUGAAGCGGGAACUUCGAGCGCACCAGAUACACCCUCUAAGACUGGGAAGCCUCGAGGAAGACCAAAGGGACGGAGGCGACAACGAACACCUAGUCCGCCUCCUGAUCUGCCUCCACACGAGCUCUACUUCUUCCAAAACAGAGCAGGUGGGAACAAGACGUCUGCAAACACCUUACCGGCGCAUGCGCUUCUCAACCACGACGACUACUUCGCACAGAUGAGAGACUGCCAGGACUCUCAUGCCGAAGACAUCGAGAGACUCAAGCAAUUGCAUAGACGGGCGUUCGAUCAGUGGAUGUUCGAGCUGGAUGAAAGCUUCAACCUUUGCCUCUACGGUUAUGGCUCCAAACGCAAACUUGUAAUGGACUUUGCAGACCACUUGUACCAUCAAGGCGAUAAGCCUGCAAAGAUUGUGGUGGUCAAUGGCUAUUCGCCGGGCCUGACGAUGCGGGAUAUCCUCACCACUGUCUCAAGUGUCGUCCUAUCCAAGAAUGCGAAACUACCAGCCCAGCCUGCAGCUCUUCUGGACUUGCUAAUGGAGACGCUGUCUGAGGGAUCAUCAAAGCACCACAUUAUCCUAGUGGUCCAUUCACUGGAUCAUUUCAACCUUCGCAAAGCUGCAACACAGGGAGCGCUGGCUCGCCUAGCGUCACACCGCAGGAUCUCCCUCGUUGCGUCUUGUGACAACCCGAACUUUCCUCUGCUCUGGGACGUGUCUCUUACCUCGCAACUCUGCUUCCUGUUCCACGAUGCCACCACAUUCGAUGCAUAUACGGCCGAAGUCGAAGUCGUCGAGGACGUCAAUGCCUUGCUCGGCCGUAGUAGCAGGCGAUUGGGUGGCAAAGAUGGCGUUGGAUACGUGCUCAAAUCGCUACCGGAGAACGCGAGAAAAUUAUUCCGCAUUCUGGUCGCCGAGCAGCUCGCUCUUGCCGACACGGAGGGCGAUGCGAUGUUGAAUGGAGUAGGAGACGAUUCAGAUGCAGAGGACAUUCUGGGGAUGGAGGACGACGAAGCAGCGGCACAAGAACAGCAAACGCCAUCACGCAGAGGGCGCGGAAGACCUCCAAAGUCGCCAAAGAAGGCAGCCAAGCCGGCGAAAGCUGCUCCUGAGGCGGCGGCGGGAGUUGAAUACCGAACUCUGUACCACGAAGCUGUCGAGGAGUUUGUGUGCUCGAAUGAGGUCAAUUUCAGAACGCUGUUGAAGGAGUUUCAUGACCAUCAAAUGAUCGAGUCGCGGAAGGAUGCGAUGGGGACUGAGCGAUUGAUAGUGCCGUUCAGGAGGGAAGAAUUGGAGACGAUACUGGAAGAACUGGUUUAG